AUGUUUCGAAUUCAGCCGACUUAUGCUUUCUUGGAGGUUGGUUUUAGGAGUAAAAAGAGAGAAACUUAACUGUAAAACCGAAUUCUAAAGUCCAAAUGCAAAAACUAAUAAUUUCGUUAAAAUUUUCAGCCCUCUCAAAAAAUCUACAUAAAAAUAACAAUAAACGACACAUCAGUACAACUUUUACAAUAUUAUCAUUAUAUUGCAAUUUUCCAUGUGGAAAGUGAAGCAAAAUCUCACUUGGAGGUAAUUUUAAUUAAUUAAUUGAUAAACUAUUAAUAAACAAAAUAAUUUCAGGCUUUUCCGAAAGAAAAUGCAAAAUUUGAUGGAGUUCUUCGAAUUCCAAUAAGUUUCGAAAAACAUGGCGGAUUUGAUGAGAAUUAA